AUGGCGGGGGAGAAAGUGCGCGUCAAGUGGGUAGUGAACUGCGCGGGAGAGCCGGUGACAUUCACCGCGAAUGACUCUUCAGAAUCCCUGUUGGAUGCGAACUCGACCAUCCUGGAGGUGAAAAACAGCGUUUUUUCACAAGAAAUCGCCAGAGGCCUCAGUGUGCGCGUGAUCUUCUUGGGUCGCGAGCUGGCAGACAACGACACUCUCGCUUCUCACCUUCGUGUGCCUGCGCGAGCAGCUGCAGCGGGCUCCUGUGCAACAUCAUCUUCGGCCGACGCUGACAGUGCACCAGGAGUUACUCUCCACGCAGUUCUUUCAAAUCGUCCACCAAAUGUCAGAGGAAAUGGGCCGGGUGGCUGCAACAACGCCGGUGGAGGGAAUACAGAUACUGGCGACUGGUCUGUUAUUGUGCUCGGCGUGACUGUUUUUGUCAUCCUUUGCAUUUGCUGGUACCACCGCCUUGCCUUUCCUGGCGAUUUUACUCCGUUCUCGUCACUUCUGUUGGUCCUCUUCACCGGGUUUUUUGCGUUUACUAUUCGUGGCGUCGUCGUCCGCCUUUUGAAACUUGCCUACGGCUGUCUACGACGCCCGUGGGAUCGUACUGACACACCAGCUCAGUCAACAAGACCCGAUGCCUCCGCACCGGUAUUUCAGGAGAUUCCGGCAGGACCGCCAACCUGA